GCGAUGCCUGCGCCGCACACCUCCGCUAAGCUGCUCUUCGCUCACCACUAAGACUUGACGAAGAGAGGAAGAGGAAGCCGAGAACAGAAUAAUAAGCGGAAAGUCUCUCACUGCAAACUAAGACAGGAACGGGUUUGUAGCUUCUUUCGGUGGAAGCAUUUGCUGUAGCUGCUGUGUGUGGGGAAUAAGAAAGCAAGAGCAAGAGAGAGUAAGCGAAAGAGAAAGAUCGUGAGACAACCACCGGCGUCUCCCAAAUGGAGUGGAAUGGGUUUAAGAUGGGGUCGACAGAGACACAGUGGCGUCAGGCAGAGCUCCCACAGCUCCAAGGCUGGGCAGAGAAGGGAUUGCUGACACAGCCAAAGAUGAUUAUCAGUAACAUGGAGGCUCCAGUGACAAACGGACCAAGUGGAGGAGGCACCACAGCCAACGGGCCAACCACUAACAACCGCGGUUGCCCCUCGCCCAUGCAGACGGGGCCAACAAAUGACGACAGCAAGACUAACCUCAUUGUCAACUACCUGCCACAGAACAUGACCCAGGAGGAGUUCCGCAGCCUUUUCGGUAGCAUUGGCGAGAUCGAAUCCUGCAAACUGGUUCGCGACAAGAUCACAGGUCAAAGUCUGGGUUACGGCUUUGUCAACUACAUCGAUCCAAAGGACGCAGAGAAAGCCAUCAACACGUUAAAUGGACUCCGACUUCAGACCAAAACAAUCAAGGUCUCGUAUGCGCGACCCAGCUCUGCUUCGAUCCGUGACGCCAACCUCUACGUGAGCGGCCUGCCCAAGACCAUGACCCAGAAGGAGCUGGAGCAGCUUUUCUCGCAGUACGGACGCAUCAUCACCUCCCGCAUCCUUGUCGACCAGGUCACAGGCGGCUCCCGAGGUGUGGGGUUCAUCCGCUUUGAUAAGAGGAUAGAAGCUGAGGAGGCUAUCAAAGGCCUCAAUGGACAGAAGCCAUCGGGCGCGGCUGAGCCUAUCACGGUCAAAUUCGCCAACAACCCCAGCCAGAAGACCAGCCAGGCCCUCCUCUCGCAACUGUACCAGUCCCCCAACCGCCGAUACCCCGGGCCCCUCCACCACCAGGCUCAGAGGUUCAGGCUGGACAAUUUGCUUAAUAUGGCCUAUGGCGUAAAGAGGUUUUCGCCAAUCACCAUCGACAGCAUGACCAGCUUGGUGGGCAUGAACAUCCCCGGGCACACCGGCACCGGUUGGUGCAUCUUCGUCUACAACCUGUCCCCCGAUUCGGACGAGAGCGUGCUGUGGCAGCUCUUCGGGCCGUUCGGUGCCGUCAACAACGUCAAGGUGAUCCGUGACUUCAACACCAACAAGUGCAAAGGUUUCGGCUUUGUCACCAUGACAAAUUACGACGAGGCGGCCAUGGCCAUCGCCAGUCUCAACGGUUACAGGUUGGGCGACCGCGUCCUGCAAGUCUCCUUCAAGACAAACAAGGCCCACAAGUCCUGAACUCGAACAAGGUAGAAGCAGUUUCCCCGCAGCAGCAUCUGCAGCUCUGUCCGCUCCAAAAUGACCCCCCCAGGCCCCAACCAUCCUCCACCUCCACCCCCACCUUUAGCCCCUCCAGUCACCACUAUGACCAUCACCAUCCUGCAGUCAUCCAGCACAGAAAACUGGAACAUAAAGCAACCAUCCAACCCAAUUGAACUAGAAAUGGCUUAUAUCAUAACUUUGGACCUAUAAGCCAACGUUGCCUAAGUAUUACAAAAAUGAAAAUGAAGAAAAUGUUCAUGCGUUUUGGGAAGUUCCUGAUAAAACGCAGGCUUCUCAUUGUUGUAUAUUCUUUCUGUUUGUCCUGGUUGCUAAAUUGAGUUUUCUCUUCUGUGUAAACAGUAGCAAUUCCCCCCACCACCUUUAGAGAAGAGAAUAUCCUUUUUAGACCACUGUCUCGAUUCAGGAUUAGCUUUUCUUUUGUAUAUCCGGAUCCACUGUCGUUAGUAUCCUGUACCUCCCAGUCACUAUAGGGAGGGGGGCUCUUUUUUUAGCAAUUGAUGAACCAUUCAUUCAUUUAUAGUCGUAUUAAAAGGUCCACUUAUUGAUUCUCGAUGGGAUUUCCCACUCCCACCGAUUCUGAUGUAAUAGAACAAAAAAAAUGACUUUCUAACAUUGUUUUUGUUUUAUAUCGCAAACAAAACAAUGUCUU